AUGCCUGGAGCCGUCCAAACACAUGGCCGUUCGCGGUCCAACAGCUUGCAGCUGAUGCUCGACCUGGAGAAGAAGAUGGUGAUCCAUCGAGCGCAGGCUUCAACGAACCACUCCCUCUCAUCUUCUCAAUCUGGCUCCGUCCCUCCGAGUCCGGCUCCUCAACCUCGCCGCUUUGAGCUGGUGCCAAAGGAUGGCAAGAAAGCACCUCCGCCCGUUCGAAACUAUGGCCCUGUGCCGCCACCGCUGUUUUAUAACAUACCUCCUCCUGUCGCAACCGAGCCACCAGCUGUCUCCCAACGAAAGCUGGUGAAAGAUUCAUGCCACUCGAGAGGCGCAUCAGUACCCGCCCACAAGACGGUGGCCUUUGUAUUCCCUCCGGAUGUCGAAGAAGAGAGAUCCGUCUGCCAGUCACCCAGCUGGGAGGCGUACGGCCGCCGCAAGCAAGAGAAGAAGGAGAGAAAGGAGGAGAAGAAAGAAGAGAAGCGAGAGGAGAGGCGGGGGAGAGAACCAGAAGUCACCGAAACCAAGCCUCGUGGAAGACGCCUGAGCAAGGCGCCACCGCUCUCACAAGGCCUGGCUCGAAGCCAGACCGACCCAGUGAGCCCACCAAAGCAGAAGACUCGGUCUUCUAGCCUGCUGGGUGUUUCUAUUGGGAACAAAGACAACAGGGAUGCUAGGGACGAACCAUCUGAGAAGCCCAGGCGAGGCCGAUCUGGUUCGCUGACCUCGGCCAUCCGACACUCCUUUGAGAUUCGACGCGGGUCUUGGGAUCAGACUAGUCCCUCGGGGUUCCUCGGCGGCGUCAAACUGGACAAGAAGAAGCAGGACUUCCGCCAGCAAGUCGUGGACGACCAAUCCAAGGGAAACAGCACAGUCCAUCCUGCAUUGCGAAAGUCGUUCCUUGGAGUUGGCUCCUUCACGCCGCUCAAGACUCCGCCCCAGCCUGCCCAAGACAAGGAACCGGAAGCGCAGCGUCGAACCUACCCGCCAAUUUCCCUGCAAACGUCGUCGGCGAGGAACCAAGCCAUGAUGUCGCCCAAAUCCCCAUCCAAACGAGACUCCUUUAGCUCCGCAAACAUCUACCUCUGGAGCGCUCGUGCCAAGAAGAAGGCGGCGAAGGCGGCUGACGAGUGCGCCGUGGUUGACACCGAAGAUGAACUGGAAGAACCAAUCAAGAAUGCGCCGUCUGCUGAGGAACUAAUUCACGCCAAGGAGGCAGGCUUGACGAGACGGGGUGGCCUUCAUAUCAAGACUGGCCCACCUGCUACCCUCGAAGCAAAGAUAUCAGCGAGAGACCUUGGGGCAGACAAGGCGUCUCACGAAAACGGGGUCAUCAAGCCGCUCAACCUGGCCGACAAGGACCGGAGUUCGAAGGCGACCGAGCCGUUACGUCUGGAAACGCAACCCGAAAGACACUCGGCCACCGAGCAGAAGGACAAGACGCCAUAUCCCCCGUCGUCAACCAAGACUCGCUCAAGACACGGAUCAAGUACCUCUGUCUCAUCUAUCCCCCCGGAACCUCCAAGGAGGAACUCGAAGAGAAACUCUCUUGGCUUGCUCAGUCGGUCGCAACCACAGUCACCCAUCGAGGCGAUCAAAAAUGAACCAACUCGAGCUUCCAAGGAGUCUCUUCGCCCGCGGCUGGACAGGAAGGCCGUGGGAGCAGCGAAGACAUCCAGCGAGAAGCGGAACGCCACGCCACCGAGCAUCCGAUAUGAGAACACUGCUCCUGGUGUGCGCCCAACGCCAUUCCCUGCAGACUCUCCGACGUCUCUAACUUCGAGGUUUAACUUCAAGGACACUGCUCGGUCCACCUUCAGUCGCGGAAGCGGAUCACAAUCAUCCUCCUCUCCGACGUCGACCACGAGCAGCGUCUCCAAAGGAGGAUAUUCGCCGACACUCCCAGCAAGUCCUCUCAAGAACGAGACCAUGGCACUGCCCCGAACAGAUGUUCAAAAGACGGCAAAACAAACAGACGCUGGUCCUGCCUCGUCCCAGAUAAAGAUCUCUCGACGCCUCGCCGAGCACGUCGCUACGAAUAUGGUGCAGUCUUCGGACAUCUGGAGGCCCACAACAAGCUCAUCCGAUGAGUCCUCAUACUCGGACGCUCUCCAGUCUGCAUCACCCCCGAGUACACCGAAUUCGUCCCCACCCCAGUCCGACUCUGAGAAUCUUCCGCAUAUGGCCGGAGGAAAGCACCCUCAAUACAGCCCUUGCUGGUCUGCAACCAGUUCGCCGCAGUUUCCUGCAUGCGAUCGAUUCCAACUCUCCGACGCGCCUCAAACCGACGAGGAACUGGACCCUAUUGAGGCAGCUUCGAGGAAAGUGAUGGAGGCUUUCGCAAACGCUAAUCUCCGAAGCCCACCACAGAGCAGACAUGAACUCACUUCUUCGGACGAGAGUAGCAGGAUGUCACCCUUCACACAGGCACAGCCGCGACUAAGGCACAGAGAGAAGAGCAAGGGCCGCAUGAGGCCGUCGGAGCUACAGACCGACAACUUGCCCCAGCUCUCUCGUCCAAAGGCAUCUAAGAGCACGCCGAAUCUGGAUGGGCGCGGCCAUAAAUCGGCGGUAGCUAUUCCCGAAUCAUCGAUGAAAUCGAGCCGCCACGGACCCCAAGGUGGCGACCGUGUCGGAAAGCUGUUUGUGGUGUGCUGCGAAUGCAAGCGCUACCACGACAUACCCAUCAAGCUAUACAAGGCUAUGGCGAACCCCGAUGCCGUCUUCACAUCUUCCGAGGCGAUGGGCUUCGAGGGCAAGGUUUCCAUGACGGUGAAGUGCUCGUGGUGCGAACAUGAGAUGAGCACCAAAUGCUGCCCCGGAGUAUCGGGAAUAUUGGCCAUUAAGGAGAGAUUGCAUUGA